GCCACCGGCGGAGCCAAACUUGCCGAGUCAGGAUGUGAGAGCGGCUCUGCAGCAUCCUUGGGUGCUGCCGCAUCCCGGGGCGCGCUGGGCUCGGCUUCCCCCCCUCCGCCAGACGCCUUUUCCCGGGGACGGAGCGGGAAUGGGGUAGGAACCGCCAUCCGCUGCGUUUGCCGCCGGCUCUAGCAGCUGCUCGGCACCGGCGCCGCUUCCCGAGAGCCGCGGAGCCCGCAGCCGGGUUUGUCUCGGUGACUUGCGCCUCCCGACCGCGCAUCGCCCUCCGUCCGAGCACCGGAGACAGGGGUGAGGCGGCGGCGAGUGGCUCCGGGGAGCCCAGGCUGGCUCCAUGUAUCCCGAAUCCACCACUGACUCCCCAGCGCGACUCUCGCUGCGGCAGACGGGCUCCCCAGGCAUGAUUUACAGCGCGAGAUACGGGAGCCCCAAGCGCCAGCUCCAGUUCUACAGGAACCUCGGGAAGUCUGGGCUGCGUGUGUCCUGCCUGGGUCUGGGAACAUGGGUGACUUUCGGAGGGCAGAUCACAGAUGAGAUGGCAGAGCAGCUGAUGACUUUAGCUUAUGACAACGGCAUUAAUCUCUUCGACACGGCAGAAGUCUACGCUGCUGGCAAGGCCGAGGUGGUGCUGGGAAAUAUCAUCAAGAAGAAAGGGUGGAGACGGUCCAGCUUGGUCAUCACCACCAAAAUCUUCUGGGGAGGAAAGGCCGAGACAGAGAGGGGUCUGUCCCGAAAACACAUCAUAGAAGGUCUGAAGGCAUCUCUGGAGCGGCUGCAGCUGGAGUACGUGGACGUGGUGUUUGCCAACCGGCCCGACCCCAACACGCCGAUGGAAGAGACAGUGCGAGCCAUGACCCAUGUCAUCAACCAGGGGAUGGCCAUGUACUGGGGGACCUCGCGCUGGAGCUCCAUGGAGAUCAUGGAGGCGUACUCGGUGGCCCGGCAGUUCAACCUGAUCCCGCCCAUCUGCGAGCAGGCCGAGUACCACAUGUUCCAGCGGGAAAAGGUGGAGGUGCAGCUGCCUGAGCUCUUCCACAAGAUAGGUGUUGGAGCCAUGACCUGGUCCCCACUGGCCUGUGGCAUUGUCUCGGGGAAGUAUGAUGGGGGCAUUCCCCCCUACUCCCGUGCCUCGCUGAAGGGAUACCAGUGGCUGAAGGAUAAGAUCCUGAGUGAAGAGGGCCGGCGGCAGCAGGCAAAGCUGAAGGAGCUGCAGGCCAUUGCUGAGCGUCUGGGCUGCACCCUGCCCCAGCUUGCCAUCGCCUGGUGCCUGCGCAACGAGGGUGUCAGCUCUGUCUUACUGGGGGCCUCCAACGCCGACCAGCUGAUGGAGAAUAUCGGAGCAAUACAGGUCCUUCCAAAGCUGUCGUCUUCCAUCGUCCACGAGAUCGAUAGCAUCCUGGGCAACAAACCAUACAGCAAGAAGGACUACAGAUCCUAAGCGCGCCCGAGCGCGUCGCGCAGCCCUCGCCGCCCGUUCGCUUGCUUUACGCUUUGUUGGAGCAAAGUGGAGAAGAGUGUGGUUUGCACCGCGAGCGCCGAGCGCCAGCGCUCCUCCCGCGCUGCCCCGGACGUGGCUCUGCGGCGCAGGGACAGGAGGCGAGCCCCGAGCUGCCCUGCCCGCAGCCGGACCCGUUGCAUGCGUGGCUCUGCCUCCGCGGCGGCGGCGGGCGCGGGGCGCACGCGGGUGCUGUACGCCCACGAGGCCAACAACACGAAGCUGUUUCCCCAGCCUGCGCCCGGGCCUCGCCUCUGCCCUCUCCCACGGCACCGAGGGGCUGCGGGUCCUGGAGAGACCCAGCUGCCAGGGAAAGGGUGGGUGGGAUGGUGAUGGGAGGGAGUUUGCUGCGGGAAGAGCUGGGGUGCUAAGGCUGAGCACGGGGAGUGUGUGUGGGCAAGCGUGCAAGUGUCGGUGUGCACGGACACACGCGGAGAUGCAGGGACAUACAGACACGUGGGGAUGUGUGGAUUUGCAGACAGCAGCUGUGGAGGUGCACGCAGCCCACCGGCACCUUCAGUUGUAUCUGCACAAAGCUUCUGAAAGGCUCCACACAUACACCCACGUACGCCUGUUACAGGGGUGUCUGCAGACACACACACACAGUCACACACGGGCAGAUGUAGAUACAGAUGUAGCUCUACCUCCACCUCCAGCCCUGACAUCAGUCUCUGAGAGACCAAUACCCACCUGUAUGUAGAUGUGUCCACGCUGGUCUGAAAAAUACAUGUAUAAUGUAUAUA